AUGGGAGAAUCCGCUACCGCAAGUGGACUCAUGAUUGGCGUUGUUCCCAUGGGCGCGCUGAUCGGCAUGGUGGCUGGCAAGGGGCUGAUUUCUGAGAAUGACUGGAAUCAGCGUUAUGCUCGGAAGAUUUUUCUUUACCUCCAUGGACUUUGGAUAUUCUCAAUGCCUGCCAUGGCCCUGAUCAUCCAGGCGUCUGUGGAAUGGGGCCCUCGUGGCAAACGCCUAUCAUUUUGGGGCGUCUUAUCUCUGUACUUCCUCACCAUGACUAUUGGCAGUAUGAUGAUGGUUCCAUGGCGCACCAUGUGGAAUUUGUUUACACCCCAAACUGACAAGACGUUCUGGUCGAUGAUGACACAAUGUUCAAAAACAUUCGGCUUUGUAGGGGGGCCGAUCUAUUUUGCUUUUCUCAGUUUCCUCGUCGACGGGGGCCAGGCCAGUCAAGUGUCCCCGAUCAGCAUGAUGAGCUGGGCGCUCAUUGGCGGUUUCUUCAUCCAGGCGAUCGAGUUACUGCUCGCUGCCGCCGUCUUCCCCACCGUAGUUCGGCAAGCAGACAGUGACUCAGGUCAGCUGCAGGCAGGAAGCGAUUACAAACUGGAUCGGGUUGAAAGCCUGCCGCCCUCCACACGCGAGAGACUGGUCUGGAAUGUCGUGUACUAUUGCUACGAGCGCGGCUUCACCAUGUCCGCAAUAGAGGUGUCCACCGUUAUGAUUUUGCAGGACUCGUACGGCUGGACUGAAUCCCUCAGUGGAAUGUCUUUCGCUAUUGUCGGAGCCGGGGGCAUAGUUAUGACAGGCGUGUCCGCUGCUUUAGCAUCUUGGAAGUUGGUCACCGAGUCCUUGAUCUUUUUGAGCAUUAUGUGUCUGGGAGCGUGUAGUUCGAUUUUGCUCUUUCGCUUUGAAUUUCUCGGCCCUUUCAGCCUGCUUUUUGCUGACGUCGUCCUUUACGGUGGGGCCAGCGUUGCCAACGGCAUUGCAGAGGGCUGGGCCUGCCGCGCAGCAACUGCGCGUACGAGCUACAGCAUCAAGGCUUAUCUAACGCACAGCAUGAUUGGCUUUAGCAUAUCCCGCUUUGGCGGACCGAUCGUCGCGGGAUUCCUGCUGGACCAUGGAGGCCAGAACCUCUAUGCUGUGGUGCAGUCUGCCCUCUGCUUCCUGGCGGCAGGAAUGGUGUACCGCACCGUCUCUUUGGUAUGGAACGGCUGGUGA